GCUCGCUCCAGUGGACGGAUGGGCAGCAGAGCCAUGGUCUACUACAUGUCCACCACGGUGAUCGCCGCUGUCCUGGGGGUCAUCCUGGUGCUGGGCAUCCACCCGGGGAACCCCAAACUGCGCAGUCAGACCAGUGUAGCUUCCCCCCGAAAUCAGGAGGUCAGCAGCCUGGACGCCUUCCUGGACCUCAUCCGAAAUCUCUUCCCGGAGAACCUGGUGCAGGCCUGCUUCCAACAGGUCCAAACGGUGAUCAAGAAGCUUCCGGCGCCCCCCGCAGCCGAUCCUGGUGAAGUUCCCCCGGGCAAUCAGACCGAACCAGCGCCGAUCACCCAGAAGAAGCUGGAGUUCAAGGGGGGCAUGAACGUGCUGGGUCUGAUCGGCUUCUUCAUCGCGUUCGGGGUCUGCAUGGGGAAGAUGGGAGAGCGCGCCAAGCCGAUGUCGGUCUUCUUCAACGUCCUCAACGAGAUCAUCAUGAAAAUGGUCACCAUGAUCAUGUGGUACUCCCCUCUGGGCAUCGCCUCGCUCAUCUGCGGGAAGAUCGCGGCCAUCCGGGACCUGGAGGUGAUGGCCCGCCAGCUGGGGAUGUACAUGGUGACGGUGAUGGUGGGGCUGGUGAUCCACGGGGGCAUCGUGCUGCCCCUCAUCUUCUUCACCGUCACCCGCAAGAACCCCUUCACCUUCUACAGUGGCAUCUUCCAGGCCUGGAUCACAGCCCUGGGCACCGCCAGCAGGUACAGACUGUGUGUGUGUGUGUGUGUGUGUGUGUGUGUGUGUGUGUGUGAGAGAGAGGGGCACAGCCUUGGGCACUGCCAGCAGGAGAAUCUGAAGAUCGAUAAGCGUGUCACGCGCUUCGUGUUGCCCAUCGGCGCCACCAUCAACAUGGACGGCACUGCCCUGUACGAGGCUGUGGCCGCGAUCUUCAUCGCCCAGAUGAACGGCAUCGAUUUGGAUGGCGGGCAGAUAGUCACUGUCAGUUUGACCGCUACCUUGGCCAGUGUAGGUGCAGCCAGUAUUCCCAGUGCAGGACUGGUCACCAUGCUGCUGAUCCUAACUGCUGUGGGACUACCCACCCAGGACAUCAGCUUGCUGAUUGCUGUGGACUGGCUGCUACUGCUCACUAGAGUAGUCCUCACUCUCUGUCUGUCUCCUGCCUCUCUUGCUGGUUUGCAGGCAGUGAAGAGAGAGAGGGAGCGAGGGAAGGAGAAGGACAGGGAGUGGGCCUGCAGGAAUGAUGGAGGGAGUGAUACGGAGGAGGAGAUGGAGAGAGUCGGCGAGGAGCCCAGCGAUGGCGAGGAGAGUGACGAUACCGCCUACGACCGUCGGCACGAGAUACCAACCUGCGACAUUCCCUGACAGGAGCACACCACAGCCGCCAUGUCUGCUGUCACCCUCAUGAUGUCACAAUUUGACCUCACCGCCCCCCCAGUGACUUCACUAUUUGACCUCCCCGUGACCCCGGCAAUGUUACCGUGUGUCCUCCCCGUGACCCCGGUGACGUCACUGUUUGACCUCCCUGUGACCCUGGUGAUGUCACUAUUUGACCUCACCAUGACCCCAGUGAUGUCACAACCUGAGCUCACCGUGGCCCCGGUGAGAUCACCAUCUGACCUCACUACCACUGUUACACCUCACUGAGACCCCAACAAUAUCUGCUCACUAGGAGGUCCGAUAGCUCUGGACUGGCAGUGCCCUGACAUACUGCCCUGAUUCACACCAGUGAAUGACACCCUGGCUUUAACCCUGUGACCACACCACUCUACCUCUGUGAAAAUGCCCGUUACUCCACCAACAUGGAAACCACAGUGCUGCUCUGUGCUCCUCUGAAGCCUUUCCUGACCCUAGUCCCUGAUGUCUGUCUCCCUUCUCCCUCAGCCUUUCAGCAGGGAGAGUGUAGCUGUGAGUCUGGACCUUGUAAAUCGAACCCAGCUGGUGUCUGUCUGCACUGUGUGUGACUGUAGCCGUCGCUGUUUCUGUAUUGUCACUGUGGAACUGGACACUGGACAAAUACAGGGAGUCUACAUUACUGA